CAAUCCAUGACUUCCAAUAGAAACCUAGCUGGGAUUUUGUCCCGAGGGCUGGAGGACACGCUCAUAAGCGACAUGAUGAUGUCAUGUGAUGACAUGAUGACAUCACAUGAGCAGAGAAACUGCUCAAAGGAUCCCUGAGCGGGUUAUUCACUCCACCAAAAACAAAGUGAGCUCCACCUUCAGCCGCUGCACCUGUGAGGCGACGCCCGCCUUGCUAACUAAUCCGGUGACGUAACAGCAGCAGCACUGUGGCUCCGCCCCGCUGUGACGUGCGGCUGCGAUGGCCGAGUGGUUAAGGCGUUGGACUUGAAAUCCAAUGGGGUUUCCCCGCGCAGGUUCGAACCCUGCUCGCAGCGACGCGCGACGUCACGGACGCGACGUUUUGGCGGGCGUUAAGCUCCUCCUCGUGUCGGGCUGCGGUCUGACGUCACGCAGAGCUGAGGUCAGGUCCUCCGCGGAGAGACGGGAAGCCGCGCGCUCCAAAUUAAAUAAGCGCGUGAACGCGGAACCAGUCCGACACGCUUUGAUAACCGGGACGUUCGUUUCAUAACGGCGCUUUAUUCGUUCAGCACUGAACUAACGGACGGACCGGAGCCGCGUGAUGCGUCCCGUUUCUUCUGGAAACAUUAACCCAAUAACUGACAAACUGAUCGGCUGAUUAAUCAAUAAUUGUGACUAAGGUUGCAAACGUUGAGUAAUUAGAGCCAUCAGGUGUUUGUGUUGGUUUAAUAUGUUGCGCACGCACGCGCACAGAGCGAGAGGGCGGUAGAGAGCUCCGGUAGUGACGGAGGCUCUCCGGUACCGGGAAGUGUUCAGCGGAUGGAGGUUUCGGUUUCGGGGUCCACCGUUCAAAGCGUGCCGAGCCUCUGUUUAUCCAUCAGCACUGAUCGAUUACUGAUGCGGCCGGCCCGCGCGCCCCGUCACCGCCUCGUCCAUGUCGUCUCACCGGAGGAGGCUAGCAGCUAGCUAACGUUACCGAGCGGCAGCACCGGGCGGGUUUCUCAUGUCUUUUCAUGUUUUGACGUCGUUCAGCGGAGCCGUUACCGUCACGAUCCGGUCCGGACUUUACAUGGCUGUCGGUCGGUGUCCCGUCGGGCUGCCCGGUUAGCUUAGCGGGGAGGCUGCAGCAGCUAGCCGCCGUUAGCUCCGCAGCUGUUUAUUUAUAUCGGUGUUAUGUAAGCGCGGAGCUAACGUUAGCCUGCCGCGAUGAAUGACGCGCAACAAGAAAUGUCUCCAGACUUCGUCCUGAUGCGGCUCGUGUCCGCGGCGGAGUACGACCGGCUGGACGAGCCCGACGACCUGAUGUCCGGAGGCGGCGGGUUCGGGCCCGUUAAAUCCGUGCUGGGCCACCGCGGAGGCGGCAUCAGCAGCGGGUUUGAUCUGGACCCCAGCGGCCCCUCGGCAGGCCUCGGCUCGGCCUCCCCGCACUACAGCUCACCGCUCCCCGGGAAAGGCGAGCUGGACGGCGGGCUGGUGUUGACGCAGGCCCCGCCGGGCUCCGAGGCGCCGCUGUCCCCUCCGCCGCCGGAGGACUUUGCCGUUGCGGCCCAGCGGUUUGUGGACUUCCCGGUGCAGCACGGCUCGGGGGGGCACGGGUCGAGGGCGCAGCUGAUGGUGUUUCAGAACCUGCUGCGGUCCGGAGACCGCAUCCUGGAGUGCGGACUGGAGCAGCCGCCCCCGGGGUUCCUCCAGGAGGAUGCAGAGAGACAGAGACAGCACCUGGACUCUGGAUCAGGUACCGGUCCUGGUAGCACAACAGCCGGUAACGGGCCUGGAGGCGGGAAGGACCAGAACUCAAACUGCAUCCCCUCUGCAGAGGAAAACCUGCAGCCACAGCAGCCACAGCUCCUCCAGUGGCACCCGGUCCUCAGACUGGCCAAGGGGUCUGACGGAUCGCAAACCCCCCAGCAGGGCGUCCCGGCUCUGGACUCUGAAUCCGGGUCAGUCCUGUGCCACCGACACCGCCUGCUGACAGACCGACUGGCUAAAUGGCCCCCGGGCCUGCUGGACCAAGCCCUGCGUCUGGGCCUGCUGGAGCCCAGGAAGAACUGCUCCACCGGGAGUGAGGACCCGGUCCUGGCUCUAGCCAGGAGGCUGGGCCAGCUGGGUGAGGGGAGGGAGGGAGGCGGAGGAGGUGGGGGGGGUGAGACGGUGCUCCCUCUCCCUCGCUGCUCUUGUCACAGUGUGCUGGCCUCGGGGACAGGGGGCAUGGGGCCCGGUGAGGACCCGAGUGAGACCAGCGAUGCCCUGCUGGUUCUGGAAGGUCUGGGGUCUGAAGAGGUGGGAAGGCUGGGGGAGGGAGGGGACAGGGGUGGAGGGGACAUGGGGGACGCUGAGAAAGGGGAGAGGGUGGGGGGAGUCGGUGGGACGUCUGGGGGGGCGGGGCCUGUGUUCUCCAGCGGGACUCUGAGUGGUCUGAUGCGGCAGGUCCACAGACUUGCGGAGGAGGCGGGGGUCUGCACCGAUCAGAACUGCCGGUCGUCGCUGGCCGUCCUCGGUGCUGCGGUGUCCCUCCCCCCCAUCGGCAGCACCACCACCCCCUGCCCGUACCCCCCUGUCCACCCGCAGGCCCUUCAGGCUGCAGCAGCCCUCGGCGGUCUCCAAGUCUCCCCUGACCCUCUCCCGGCCUCCAGCCCUGACCCGAGCCCCCGUCCACAGCAUCAGCACCAGUCCCGUUCCCAGCCCCAGAGCCGCGCCACCACCCCCAAACUCGGCGUGGCCUCCGGUGGAGCGGGGCGGUGCGCCUCCCCCCUGGUAGUCCUGGAGGGGGAGGUAGUAGUAGCAGGGAGGGAGGGGGAGAAGACGCCACGGGGGAAGCUGAGGAAAGGGGGGUCCCUGAAGGUCCGGCUCAGCAAGCUGUUCAGAACCAAGAGCUCCAGCGGGGGGUCGGGGGGGCUGCUGGACAAGAGGCCCUCCCUGGCAUCGUCCACCUCGUCUGGGGGGAGUCUCCUGGACGUGUGGGGGUCCACCUGCAGCAACACGGAGCAGGACGGCAGCAGGCUGCAGGUGUCCAGACCUCACAGUGCCUUCUCUCCGGUGCCCUUCACUCCUGCUUUCACCGGUGAGACGGUGUCUCUGGUUGAUGUGGACAUUUCUCGGAGGGGGGGGAACUCUCUUCACCCCCCGACACCUCCUCCCCCGCCCAGACGGAGCCUCAGUCUGCUCGAUGAUUUCGGGGGUCCUCCUCAGCAGCAGGGUCCUUUCAUGGAGCGCAGUGUGGGGGCGUCCAUGCAGUCUCUGCCCCCCCGACCGCUGGUCCUGCCCCCCUCCCUGAGCACCAUCCAACACAGCCUGAGCCUCAACGACACCUUCCUGAGAGGUUUACCGAGGCCGGUCCCCCUGCGUCCCGACGGUCAGCACCUCCCUCCCCGACUCGUCCCCCGCUGCCCCCUCGGUCGACCCGACGCCGGCAGCUUCGCCACCAGCCUCAGAGAACUGGAGAAGUGUGGCUGGUACUGGGGGCCGAUGAACUGGGAGGACGCAGAGAUGAAGCUGAAGGGGAAACCAGACGGAUCCUUUCUGGUCCGGGACAGUUCAGACCCGAGAUACAUCCUGAGCCUGAGCUUCAGAUCGCAGGGAGUCACACACCACACACGCAUGGAGCACUACAGAGGGACGUUCAGUCUGUGGUGUCACCCCAAGUUUGAGGACCGGUGUCACUCUGUGGUGGAGUUCAUAGAACGAGCCAUCAUGCACUCCAAGAACGGGAAGUUCCUCUACUUCCUGCGCUCCAGAGUCCCCGGUCUGCCCCCGACCCCGGUCCAGCUCCUGUACCCGGUCUCCAGGUUCAGCAGCGUUAAAUCUCUGCAGCACCUCUGUCGCUUCUGCAUCAGACAGCUGGUCCGUAUAGACCACAUCCAGGAGCUGCCGCUGCCCACGCCUCUGAUCUCCUACCUGAGGAAGUUUUAUUACUACGACCCCGAGGAGGAGAUCAACCCGUCUCUGAAGGAUCGGGGACCGGAGCCCAGCAGCCAGCCGGGGGUCCGGCCUCAGACGUAGCACUGGAGCCUGAGAGGACAACUUAUUUUCUUUUCUCAGUUUUGUCUUCGUUUUUUGGACACUCGAUCGCUGAAGGACGUUCAAACAUUCAAACUGGACUCAGACUGCAGCCAAUCAGGUCCCUCCGCUCAGUCCUGUAUCCGGGCGGGUUUCAGAUGAUCCACCCUCCUCCGAGCACUCUGAUUGGCUCGCGGAGAGUCGACAGGGGAGGGACAGGGGAUGUGGAGACUCCGCCUCUCUUUUGAUGUCAUCACUGAGCAGCUGGACUAAAGGAAACGUGACAUCACAGUUAGCGAAGACGCUAACAGAAACAAGGAACCUCGGUGUGAGGAGAGGAACGCGUCGCCUCUGGGAUCCUUUAACUUCCAACGCAAAGCUGAACACGAAGACGCACUUUGGGAUUCAUACUGACAGCGACUUUAAAUAUUCAUAACGUCAACAACACUGGAGGUCUUUCAGUAUUCACGGCAGUUCGCAUUCAGCAAGUUGAGUCUACAGGAGGACAUAGUACGAUCAGUCCUACACCUGUUGUGUGACAAAAUAAUCUCGACUCAAGGUCCCCUUUACUAACUUUAUUGGAGCUUUCAACCGUGUUAAACUUAGUCAGAUCUGUACAGACGAGGAGGCGUCAGGAUUAGACCUCACAAAAUCAGUUUAUUCACUCGCAGAGGUGAAGUAGAUGUGCUGCUGUCAGACACGAAGCGCCUGAUCACACCGGAAAGUAACGCAGCAAAAUCCGUCCACACAUCUUUGUAAAAAAGGCGGUGCUUGUUGGUGAACUGCUGUAGCUGGACAGCUAACACGCUAGCUAGCUGGGAACAUGCUAGCACCAACAUCUCUGUAUUUCCCCUCUGCUGUUCUGUUUACUCCCCCGUCACAUUUUGUUCUCAGGAUUGUUCAACACUUUAUUCAGUAAAAAGUUACUGACGAGGGAAAAGAAGUUUGUUAGCUCGGUGGCUAACGUGACGAUAAGCCUCCGCAGCGUGUUAACAGCUGUAUUAGCAUGACGUCCUCCGGUCUCUGACUGUGUGGGAACCAGUUUCUACUCCGACAGAGGAGCGUCAAUAAAACUGGACGGUGGCACUCGGCUAAUAAGCUACGCUAGCUUCCUCCAUGUUGGACUCUCCGGCUCUCCGUCCAAUCAGAGCUCAGUACUAGACACCAAGAAUCUGAGCACAUUUACUUCUCCUCUGCGAGUGAAUGAACUGAUUUGGGGUUUUAAAUGCUGUGACCAGGUCUAACCUUUAAAUGGGCCACAUGUUUGAACUGUAAUCUAAUCUUCUCCAGACUGACACGCAAGUCACCACCAAAGAAUUCUGGGUAAAAUGGGCAGAACAGAAAUAUGUCUGGUUAUUUGGACCAUACGUAGCUAAAUGUGGACGUUGAACUGGGUCAGUACCUGAACCACAACUGAUGAUUUUUGACAAGAAUAGACCACAGAUUAAGGCCUCGUCGGUGCACGCUCUGAUUCUGUUGUAGAGCCCCCCCCAAACCCAAACGUCCCCCAGCUUACUGUUAAUGUUGAAAACUCAACAAUCUGGGAGACAUUUAGCUGUUGAGUGCUAACCCGAAACCAGCGAUUGUAUCUUUAAUGAAAACAACCGAGGUGACUUCAGAAACUCUCGCUGUUGAACACCAAAGUGUUGAUUGAACUAAAGGACUCGCUGAACCAUCUCACCACAGCCAUUUAGUGGCAGUUCUGGAGCUUUCCAAUGGAUAAAAAAAUCUUCCUCAGCAUACAGAGUUGCCUAGUUAAAAUGGUAAAUUGCUACAUUCAUAAAGUGCUUUACAAAGUCUUUGCUGCUCUCUCACCCGUUCGGUCUCACACAGCGAGCUGCAGGGUUCUGUCCAACCAUCGGGAGCCAUUCAGCGUUUUACCCGAGGACACUUCGACAUGUGGACAGGAGGAGCCGGGGAUCGAACCGGCGACCCUGUGAUCAGUGGACGACCCGCUCUCACACGACCCGUUGUCAUGGGCUUGUAGAUUUGUAGAUUUUUUUCUGAGCACUUUAAGGACUUUUGGUCCAUGUUGGCUUGAAAGUUGAGACUGAAAUUUCAUUCUUCAACAUUUGACCAAAUAAUCUCACCACAAGGUCCAUUUAGUAGCUGUUCUGGAGCUUUCAACAUCAUGGCAUCAGCUAACAGUUACUGCAGAGUUCUUGCACACCUGUACCCCGUUGUUUACUUGUACUCCUAAACUACGUUUCAGUCCUCAGAGCUUUUACCUGAUGAAGAAGUCCUCAAAGUGCUCUGAAAAAGCUAAAUUUGAACAUCUACAAUUCCGUGACAACUGGGCAAACACCUGAGAUACGGUUGAAAGCUCCAGAAUGAAUAGGACCUUGAGGCGAGAUUGUUGUGUCAGCUGCUGUUUCUAAAGUGAAGAAUGAGCUUUUAGUCUCAACUCACCGAACAGUUUUAAUUUAAUGUCCUUAUCGAAGGUUUGACGUAAACAAUUCAUGGACGCCGAUAGUUCAGCAGGUUGGUGCUGGUUGGACUGUUACCUGCCGUGCUGGUCCACACUGGAUUUUCAUUCAACAUUGCAUACUUGAUAUGUUAACAGUGGCAACUGAGUGUUACUGUGAAUUUCAAGUAUUUGUUGCCGAGGUUAUUUAUCAGAUGCUAAACCUUAAAGAAGUUUUUGAUGCUUGUGUUAGAGUUCUGUUCGCAGACCCAACUUGUGUAAAUUUGCCGGGCCCGGCCAAGUCGCUGUAGCGGCGGGUUACGACUUUCGGACACUUGAGGUCUGGAAGAGGUCGGGAAGUCAGUAGAGCCUGAACGAGAGGAGCAUAACAUUAAACAGUAAGACGCCAUUGAUGAGGGAGGAGGUUCAUCAAGAUCAGUUUGACUCCUAACAUGUUCCUGCUAGUUAGCAUUAGCCAUCGGUAGCGUUAACUUAGCUAAAGCGAGACGGACCAAGUGGUUUUACAUCAGCUAACGUUCUCUAACACAAGGACUACUGAUAAAGUUCUUAUAGAAUAACUCAGAACCCAUUGUUGACGUUGUAAUACCAAACUUCUUUGCAUUUAGUUGACACGCGUUAGCUUUUUGUUAUCUGAACUAACUGAUCAGCUGGUUAUUGUUUUUACAGCGCGCAGCUUGGGUCAGCUAAUUUAUUAUCGUGCUAAAUGAUUUAGCGCCCGGCCAGAUGUGAUGGUCAGCGAUGUCUUUAUCUCACGUCUACAUCAUUUCUCCACCGUCAGCGUCAGGGGGGGGCUGAAGAUCAGGAUCUGCUUGAAACAAACUAGUUCAAGUCAAAAGUGCUGUUCCAAACGGCCAUACGUGAAGACGGGGUGAAACGUCAGAGAUCUUGAGAGGUUAGUUCACGGCCCACACACCUGGUGUGACAUCUCUGCGUAAAGGCCCGCGGUUUUUGCAUUUUUGGUUUUGGGAAGUUACAAAAAUUCUGUCGCAAAGGUUUCAGAUUCCGACGAGCAACCUGUCAGUGAUAAAACAAAAAUAUAGCUUCAGGUCGGGUUCGGGUCUCGUGCAGAACCCUAACAGCCUUGAAUCUAAAACAGAUCAAACCUAAAAACUAAUUCAUGUCUGUUUUUUGUAACAUUCUUUCAAAGUACUGGGUCAGGAUUUAAAAAUGAAGAGGAAUAAAACAGUUAACAACAAGAGCAGUAACAAACAUUCGGGUGAAUGUGCAAUGGUUUUAAUGUCUCACGCUUUUAAUUUUGUUUUCCAUUUAGUUUGCAUCUGUGAUGUAAUUGUACUAAAAAUCACCGCACUGUAUAACAAACAGCAGGAACAGCAAUUCUCCACGUUGGUAAGAAAUACAGGAUCCUAGAGGCGACCGGCCGCACCGACUGCUGCGGCAAUAUUACCAAAAAACAAUGAACGAGGCUUAUCGCGACUACUGAACUACAGCGUUACCUUGAUGGACUAGAGUUUUAUUGAUUCAGACGCUGGUUCUGAGUAAGUUCUGUCCCGGCAGAGACUGGGAACGCUGGAGCUGGGACCGGGGCGCCCUGUGGGGACACUUCCAUGAUGUCAAAACAGCGAGGGGGGGUGAACGCAGCACACUGAAGGACUGGAGACCUGCUGGCGGCUGAAAGAUGAAACGUUAUCUUUGGUGUGGAGGAACAGUGAAGUGGUAAUCUGUCAUCUUCGGUGCAAAGCAGUCAUUUUGUGCAGUCACCUGUUAAUAAAACAGUGUGGGCGGGACUAA